AUGAACGAUUAGAGAUCAUCAUUAUUAGUUUCACUAAAUAACGUUGAGUUUUAAAAAGAUUAUCACUACUUCAUUACAUGCUAGUUAGAAAGUGAAGGAGAAAAAAGAAGAACAGAUAUCAGCGCUUGUGUUUCAAAUCCAGUAUUUACAGCAAGUACUUUUGUUAUACCAUUGAGAUAAUAUAGGAUAGAUUAUGGAGAGCGUAUUCAUUUUGCUGCAUUCGUAGUUAUGGAUAGAACUGAAAAUGAAUUAGGAAUUAAAGAUUUAGAUAAUAAGGGAUAAGCAAGAUUAUUAGGUGAAUGUAUUCUUGACAUGGGUCCUAUAACAGCUGCACUUUAAGAUAUUGGAGGAACAGGAGUUAGAUAAAGUUUAAAAUUCACUCGUAUAUCUGGUGAAAAAGAAGUCACUGUAGGAAGAUUUAUUGUCAACCUCAAGUUAGUUGGAGAGCAAGUGAUUCCAGUAACCAAUCAGUUGGAUAUAAAACCUCUAGAAAAAGAAGACAUAUUCCAUGAAUUACCUAAAUCUGAUCCAUUCUUUGAGUUUUCAUGGAGAGUUAGGGUUGAUAUUCGUUCAGCUACUGACCUCCCUUUAAAUAGAGUAAAUCCAUCUGGCUUGCCUACAACCUUUGUUGAGGUUGGAUGGACACUUUAUGAUAACGCAAGUCCUGAUGAUUUUGGCUUGUAUUUAACAAACUUUGUAGAAAAUAAUAGACAUCCCUUAUGGAAUUCACAGUUUUUAAUAUAGAAUCCAUAAAAAAUGACAGAAAAAGAUGGAUUUAUUUACAUUUGUAUUAAAGACAAGUAUGUCACUGAGCCUAUUGAAACAAUUUAUAUUCCUAUUUUCCCUUUAAGAGCCUUUGUACCCAUGAAUUUAGAAUUGGUUAGCUAAAGAGCAGAGUAUGAAGCGAAACCUAAAUAUUUUGUUUCUUUGACUUUAGAAGUACCUAAUACAGAGAGCUUCGUAGAUGCCUUAACAGAUGUAGUAGUUCAUAAUGUGCACUAUGAUCCUCUUCCUUACACUUAAAGAAUGUUCUUAAUGAUGACACUUAAUGAGUAUCACCCUCAAAGCACUCCAUUUGUGCAAGCCGAUCUAACAGGACCGUAGAACUUGGCAAAAAUUAUUCAAGAUAAUAGUUAGGAAGUGAAUGCAUGCUUCAUUUCCACAAUCAUGAAAAUUCCUCCAUACCAAACUGAUUAAACUUACAAAGCUGUUGCAGUUUUCACCCUGCCUAAAAGCUAUUUAGAAAAGAAGAUUUUAUUCUUUAUUGCAGGAAGAGAUGAUAGUAUUCCUUGCAAUCAUGCUAUGCCAAACGGAGUGGCAGGUGUUAGCAGCUUAGCAGAAGAUACUUUGAAAAAAGUACUUUUUGCAAGAGAUAAAAAGGGAGCAUUCCUACCUGUCAUGUGGAAAAAAGAUAGCAAAUUAUAUCCUGUUUUUUCAACUACAAAAUGUAUGUUAGAACUUGCUUGCUUUAAUUUGGAAGAUUAAAAGAACAUUUAGAUUAGUGAGGGUAUGAAGCAAUUAGAAGGACAAGAAGGAGGAAUCAGAACUUAAACUCCUGUAGAUACCAUAGCAGAUUAUAUGGGAGUUAAGAUGAGUGGAAAAAUGGGAAAUAAUGAAAAGUGGAGUUUUUUGGCUAAAGAGUUAUCUCAAAAACAAGAAAUUAUCCAUAGAAUGAUCAAAGAAAUAGAUGACAAAACUGAAUCUCUGAAAGUCACAGCUACUGAAAUAGUUGAUCUAAGAAGGUAGAUAAAAUUGCUUCAAAGCGAAAAUUCUAUACUUAGAAAAAGACUAAACCAUGACGAAUAACUCGAAGUGUAAUCGAUAGUAGCAAAAGAGAUUGCUCUAAUGAGUACCGAGGAGCUGAGAUAAAAAAUAUUAAAACUAGCUGCAGCUUACAGAGACGAGCGUAUAAGAACGGAAGAUCUCUAAAAAGCUCUCAAAUAAUCCUAAAAAGAUAUUUCUCAAGCAAGGUAAAUCGAGCAUGACUUUGAAAUAAUGACUAAAAAAUAUGCAGAUGCAACGAAAAAGAUUGUCAUUAUGCAGUAAGAAGUUUAAAAAACCUAAAUAUAUAAAGAAACCAUUAAAAAGCAAGAAAAAGUCAUCUAAAAACUUGAAAGGCUUAUAGAAUCUACUUUAAAAGAUACUCAAAAGGCAAGAGGAUUUUAAUUGGAGUUAGAAAAGCUAAAAACAGAAAAUUUAAAUUUACAAAACUAGCUUAAAGGAAAAACAAACUCAGGUGGAGAAAAUGUAGAAGCGUUAAAACUUGAAAUAGCUAAAUUAGAAAGAGUUAUUGCAGAUUUACAAAAUCAACUAAAUUUAAAAAAACCCCAAACAGUCAUGGAUGCAGAUUGGGAAAACGAAAAAGCAGAAUUCGAAAUUAAACUCUACAAAGCACAUGCUAGAAUAGAAGCACUUCAAGAGGAAUUAACAGAAAAUGCUAAAAAUUACGCUAAAGAAAUCGCAUAACUUAAGCUAGUUGUGGCUGAAAAGCAAGCAAUGUUAGAUACACUUACUCUAGGUAUUUGA